UCCAGCGCUGUCAUGAGUGAAGGGGGCCAGCAACCUACAAACAGCCUUAAGGAUCCCACUGGACCAAGGGAGGGGCCGCAGAGCGCCCCCUACCGGACCCACAACUCAGAAAUGCAUACAGACCUAAUGAGGGGGCCACACACAUACACACACACACACACACUGCUGAUGGUGUUGUGGAGGUAGUCAAGAAAACAGUGUGUGUCUCUGGAGGAAUCAGCCGAGAGCUACAGUAGGUGACGGACACGAGUGUGUAGAGACCCCUGCAGAAGCUCUGCACAAGGGGACACGUCCAGCCCGACGAGCAGGGGGGCUAAGAGCAGAACUUUUUGCUUAGCCAGAUAACUGAAGCCCCAGAAGCAGUUGUUUUCUACUGCAGGAGGGAUCUCCUCCGGGGCAGCACCUGCAAGCCGUCUAGGCCAGUGGGAUGGACAGCCAAAGAAAAGCAGGAGAAGGAGGAGGAGGGUCAAGUGCAGACAGGAGACAUUCAGAGGAGGAUGAGGCCAGAGAGAGUGAUAAGAGGAGCAAGGAGCAAAGGAACAAGGCGGAGAAGGGCGAGAAGGAGAAGGGUGAGAAGGAGAAAGGGAAGAGGGACAGCAGGAGGUCCAGCGGCUGGGGACUGAGCGAACGAAUGGCCAUCAAUGUGUCUGGCAUGCGGUAUGAAACACAGCUGCGCACUCUGGCCCAGUUCCCCGACUCCUUACUGGGUGACCCAAACCGACGGGUGCGCUACUUCGACCCACUCCGAAAUGAGCUCUUCCUGGACCGGAACCGGUUCUGCUUCGAUGCCAUCCUCUAUUUCUACCAGUCCGGCGGACGCCUGCGCCGGCCAGCUAACGUACCACUAGACAUUUUCAUGGAUGAGCUGCGCUUCUACGAUCUGGGAGAGGAUAUCAUGAACCGCUUCAAGGAAGAUGAAGGUUUCCCAAAGGAGGAGCCACGGCCGCUGCCAGACAAUGAGCUCCAGAGGAAGCUGUGGAUGCUGUUUGAGCACCCGGAGUCAUCCGGAGGAGCACGCAUCAUCGCCAUCAUCAGUGUGAUGGUCAUCGUAGUGUCCAUCCUCAUCUUCUGCCUGGAGACACUGCCUGAAUUCAGGAACGAGAGAGAGCUGAGAGAGCAAACCCCAUCCCACCUCCAUCACCCCACCACAAACUCCACAGUGCCGUUCCUUCCAGCCUCUCCCUUCCAGGACCCUUUCUUCAUGGUGGAAACCAUGUGUAUCUGCUGGUUCUCCUUUGAACUUGUGAUGCGAUUCGCCUGCUCCCCCAGUAAGAUGCACUUCUUUAAGGACGUCAUGAACGUCAUUGACUUCUUCGCCAUCAUUCCCUACUUUGUCACUCUGGGCACAGAGCUGGCCAAAUCCAAAGGAGGAACGCCGUCCGUGUCUCUGGCCAUUGUCAGGGUGAUCCGUCUGGUCAGAGUCUUUCGGAUAUUCAAGCUGUCACGCCACUCCAAGGGCCUGCAGAUCCUGGGCCAGACCCUGAAGGCCAGCCUGAGGGAGCUGGCCCUGCUCAUCUUCUUUCUCUUCAUUGGAGUCAUCCUUUUCUCCAGCUCUGUCUACUUCGCUGAGGUGGACAGCCAGGACACGUCCUUCACCAGCAUCCCCGAAGCCUUUUGGUGGGCUGUAGUCUCCAUGACCACGGUUGGGUACGGUGACAUGUACCCAGUGACUGUCGGAGGGAAGCUGGUGGGGUCCAUGUGUGCCAUCGCAGGUGUGCUGACCAUUUCAUUGCCUGUUCCGGUCAUCGUGUCUAACUUCAGCUACUUCUACCACCGAGAGACGGAGUCUGUGGAUAGCCAAGAGUACACACACGUCAACACAUCACUUUGGGAGAAGGAGGAUGAGAGUGAAGGAGAGGGUGAGGGUGAACGAGAGAGGGUAAGAGAGGGGGAGGAGGAGGGCAAUGCGGCCCUGGAAGGAGGAGAGGCACGCAGGGGGAUCUGCGCGCCGAUGAAUGGGACACUACUGGCCGGCCUGUGUGCAGGAGAGCAGAGGAGGGGGAACAUUCACUCACAAGAACCAAUGGUCACUCAGGUCUAAGAAAGAGAUAGAAAGAGAGAGGGAGUAAAGAAAAGAGGGAGAGAUAUAGCAAAAGAGAGACAGAGUACAGGCAGGUAAGGAAAGGGGUAAUGGAAAGAGAGAGAGUUUAAAAUGCUUUGGCAAAUGAAAGACAUCCUGUGGUUAUGCCAUAAAACCUCUCUCAUAAAAAUUUGCAUUGAAACAGAGAGAGAGAGAGAAAGGGAUGGUCAAGAGAGCAAAGUGAGGAGUGGCCGACAAACCUGCCUGGUUGAACACUGUCCAAAUACUUCUGAGGGACCUGUGGACACAAGACUGAAAAGUCACAAAACACAAAUAAAGCAGGAGCAAAAGGACAACACAGGAAUCCUCCAGUCAGAGGCCUUCAACAAACACACACACACAUUACUGCAGAACUAGCAAAAUCUUUAAAUAUUUAUAUUUCUUAUAACUGUGUUUCUACUUUUCUUAUAUUUAUCAUUUUAAUAUAUUAAAAGAGUUGCAGUCAAUUGUAGGAUCAGUGUGGAAAACAUGAAUCGGCAUGAAUGAACAAUCGCUGAAACUUAAUAAUAGUGGUUGGUGUAGCUUAGUCGCUAACAACCCCAGAUACACUGUUAAACCGAUGCAGUAUCCGAUUACAGAGCGCUAUUUAAAAAGUUCUUUUUACUCAGGUUGUUCAACAGUAGGUAUUGAGCUGGGCCAAAUUAAUAAAUUAGCUCCGGAUGAAACUAACUAAUACUCUUUUGUAAUAAAAUCUUUAGACUACCCAGUUUGUUUACUUUUCCCAUCUACACAUUUCCUUACACUUGAUGAGCAGCAGUUAGACUUUAGGGUCACUUUGGAUCUGUGAAAUUACAUUAUAUAAAAACACAGUUCUAUGUAAACUUACUUUUCGCAUCUUUACUGGACACGGAAAUAUACCUGCAUGUACAGCUUUGUAGGGGAGCGACUGCCUAUUCGCAUGCUCAUGAAGAGACUCACAUGAUCACAAUUUUAAAAACAUGCUACAUCUACACUCAUGGGUGUAGUAGUCAGGAAGUGAGGUGUGUUCAGGUUUCAAAUUUCUAAUGUGUCCCUAUUUUUGCGUCAGAAAACACAGGCGCGCCACUGACUGUCCAUUCCGUAAGUGUGCUCAGCUCGAACACUAACACACGGACGUGCUAAAUCCAGCUGCGUGAUCCAUAAUUGAAUGGUGCAAUAUAAAUCACUUAAAUUUGACCCAAGGAGUUUUAAUCAGCAGAUGGGAAUAAACAGUAAACAAACUAAAAGGGAAGAGCUAAAUAUCUUAUACAUUACUUAAUCAAGUUUUAUCGUUUUUGAGGAUCAAUACAAUAUGUACUGUUGAUGCAACUGAGAGACAAAAGUAAAGAAAGUGAGUCUGAAGAACUUUUGACUAAAGUAAGAGUUAACUCAAAAUAACGCUCUUUAAUCAGUCAGUGCAUCAUUUUAAGUUGGGCUGAUUUUUCCUUUUUUAAAAACAUUUUGGGCUGACUUUACAUUUUCGUAUAAAGUUUGAUUAUCUGACUGGACAAGCACACCACUCUAUACUCUCCUGCCUGUGUAACAUGAUUCACAUGUUAGAGUUCUGGAGAAGGUAACUGAAAUAAAUGUAAAUAUAUAAAAAAAAGAAAAAGCUGAAUUGCCAAUGAAAAACCAACAGCCCACUCAUUUCUGAGGUUAGAGUUAAAAUAAGAAAUCCAGUCUUAAAGAGCAUAGUGAAAGAAAUAGAAGAAAAAGCAUUUACAUAACCUAAUAUGAUUUGUGUGUACAUGUACAGUGUGUAUGAAAGUGUGUUUUUUGUGUGAGUGUAUGUGUGUGUAUUUGGUACAUAGGGUAAAGUUGUAUCAAAAAUG